AUGCGACCCGCGCUCCCAAGGAAAGAAGGCUCAGGAGACCGUCGCCAGAAGAGCUUCACGUGGCGCACAGCCUCACAGCCCAGAAAAACACACCGCUUUCAUCAAAGUCGCUCCCGUGUGGUCCACAGAACACCCAAGGCCAAACUGAAUCGAAAGUCCAGAAAGGAAAGUUCACUCAGUAAUAGAAAGCUGCUUGCAAAGAGGCCUCCAUCCUCUGCAGUCAGGAGCCUCGUAAAUUCCCCUUCACGAGAGGAUUUUUCAUCUCCGGGAGAACUGAGUCCUCAGAAAAAUCCUUUUCCAGAAUUAUUUGCUCCUUCAGGAACUUACAGAGAAAACACUACUGCAGAGAACACUACUGCCCAAAAUGUUUCUGACGAAAAUAUUUCUACAGGAAACACUACUGUGCCAGAACAAACCCUCCCUGAAUUCACAAACCGUAAGAAUCUUUCCACUGCUAAUUCUACUGUUACUGCAGACAACUCUACGCCGACCGUUAAACAAACCAAUGAUACACAAUGGGAAUACCACAAUGCGGGCACUGGCUUGCCCCCAAAAGCCACAGGCUUCACUGUGUCAAAGCUCUCGUCCUCAGGUGAUCUGUUUGAAAUUCAGUUAAACCAGCAGCUACAGUCCCUCAUCCCCAACAAUGACGCGAGAAGCCUCAUUUCUCAUGUUAUCCGGACUUUGAAAAUGGACUGCUCUGAGACCCACGUGCAGCUGGCCUGUGCCAAGCUCAUCUCCAGAACAGGCCUCCUGAUGAAGCUUCUCAGCGAGCAGCGAGAAGUAAAGGUGUCCAAGGCAGAGUGGGAUACGGACCAAUGGGAAAAUGCGAAUUAUAUCAAUGAGAGCACAGAAGUCCAGAGUGAACAGAGAGGGCAGGAGUCAAGGGAGCUCACAAAAGUUCCAGGCUAUGGCUAUACCAACAAACUCAUCUUGGCAAUAUCUGUGACUGGUAGUUUUGUGACGGUUUUGAUCCUAGUUUUCUGUCUCAUUGAGAGUUGUUAUCAUAGAGCAGCAGCCAAGGAAGGUAAAGAAGGAAGCUCAAGGGGCUUCUUUGGAUCUCUGCCGCGUAAGAGACGCUCAAAGGAAAGUGACAAUCAGGAGGGCUUUUUGUGGAGAAGGCGGCCACUUUGGCUUAGGGACAUGUACAGACCUCUCAGUGUCACACGCAAGAAACACAUGCAACAGACGCUACACGACAAGGAUUCUUCUGAUGAAGAUGAGAUUUUCCAUAUGGAACUAGGGGAGGCUGGCAAAGCCACAGUAGAGAAGGCCACAGAUUCCACUACUGAAGAGCUGGGGGACGAGAGUGAGACACUAUGUGAGGUUGUCACAGUGUGAACACCGUCCUGCCUCAGGCCACCUACAAAGUUUACUUUCCGAUACUGGCUUCUCAGCAUUGCUUAUAAAAUACUUGUUUUUCUCCUA